AUGAAGUAUUUAGUCAAUUUAUUUUGCAUCAGUUUACUUUCAUUGGCAAUUUUUGCUGAUGAUUCUCAAAUAAACUCAAUUUUACCUGUAUUAAAUGAUGAUAAUGGCAAUGCAAUAUCGACUGACAAUGUUAUAGGUAGCAGCCAAAUAUUUAGUUAUCACGAAAACUACGAAAGCAGUAAUGCAGAAGGAGAUGCUGAGGAUGACGAAAAUGAUUUCUUCGAUGACAAUGAUGAUGAUGAUGAAGAGGACGAGAGCGACCUAUACAAGAACGAUGAUGUUGAUUCUAACGAAUAA